AUGGCUGCCUCGUGGCUCAUUGGUUUAGUCUUUUUGGCUGUUAAUGUUCUGAUGGCAGUGGUUCUGGUGAUAUCUAACUCGGACUUCUGUGCCAGCGUUUUUGAAACUCAGACUGGUAAGUUGAAACCUGUGGCUUUACGGAACGGUUUUCGAAAACUUUGUCGUGUCUCUGGGCGCAAACAAAAUACCUUUAUUUAACGGGGUUUUCUCUAAAGUAGACGGUUUCUUAUUCCAUCUUUUUAAUACUGGCCAUUUUAAUAAAUCUGAAAUGACGAACUCCAACAAUAAGCAAUUUAAAUCCAUUUCCUUUUCCCGACUAUAUUCGGUGUUAAACUUACCUACAACUUUUAUCACUUUUUUUUUUUACUUUUGACGAUUCGCGCUUGUAUCAAAUCGCAAUUUGCAAGCCAGUACAUCUCUUUAUCACGAAAGGUCAUAACAUGAAUAAAUGUAUGUUCUAGGUUCAUGUUAAACACUACUGUUUUCUGCAUAUGCCUCCGUUUGUUCUUGUUUAUUCAUUACAAAUUCAAGAAUAUACUGUGCAAUUUAACGGAACAAUGAGAAUUGUCUGUUAUCAACGGGUUUCUGCAAAGCAGGCUUCUACCGACGACUGUAAAAUUGUUUCACGCCCUUUAUUACCUUUGAACUUAGUUAGACGCUCAGCCAAGUUCGACGGUUGUGACCCAGUAGUCGAACUCAACUGAAGUAAGGUCGACCAAAAUAGCAAUUUGACUCGUCUCACAAAAACUUCAACUUCUCCCCCUGCCUAAAUUGCAAAACCAGCCGAGUGAUUUCUUAGUUUCCUAGCCAAUGACAAUCAACAUCCAAAUUAGACAACAUCUUCGAUCUUUCUCCCCCUUUAACUCGGUUAGGGCAGCUUUUUUAAGUCUUGUCUGUGCUCUCUGUGCCCGUAUGGAGCCUGUUUUUUCGCGAGUUCUUUUGCGACCUUUUUUAAUUAUUAUUUUGAACUUAAUGGAGUCCGAACCUAACCUAAUGACAAGCCAACAAAAAUGCUUUGCAAAAUUCACUGACGAAUUAAUGCAAAACCACCCUUUACCCAUGUUUCACUGGAAAAAUGAAAUUGGUUUUCUCGUGGAGUAUCACUCGGAAUUCGGAGGAUCGACGGUUUGAUUGAGAACGGUGGCGUUGCGCUUCAUUUGUGCUCUCUGUACCCGUACGGAGCCUGUGUUAGCUGCCAUCCACAUUUACGGGUUUUUUUUUCAGUCUGCGAACUUUUCGCGAUUUCUUUCGCGACCUUUUUUAAUUAUUUUGUCGUACUUAAUGGUGGCCGAAGCCUAUGAUAGAGGAUAUUACAUGGCCGCGCGGGGAUACGAAUUUUAUCUUCCAGUGCUGAAAGUAUCUCUCAUGAGUGAGCGAAGCGAACGAGUGAGAGAUACUUCAGCACGAGAAGAUAAAAUUCGUAUCCCCAAGCGGCCAUGUAAUGUUCUGUUUAUUCUAUAGAUACUGAUGAAAUUCCUACAUAAAAGCUCAUCUGCGGAUGCAUCUGCGGAGAAGAGAGUGUCGACACGAAAAGCUAUCCGGUGUGUGAACUAAGCCUUAAUCAAUAAAUGUUUAGCCUGUUCCACAGGGUCCGGACGAGUUCAGUUUUUCGUGAAAAAAAAUUAUUAAAAACGGGAAGUUCUCUUGUAAUUGGUUAAUCAUGUUAGUAACCAUGGCGACACCAAAUAUCCUCACACGAGAAAAAUAAAAAUAGUAUCUUCACUGCGCGCGAUGAAGAUAUGAUUUUUUAGUAAGAGGAAAAAAUCCUGGUAUUUCAUUAGUAUCUAUAACCUAAAUAAAUGUCAACAAAAACGCUUUGCCAAAUUCAGUAACGAAUUCAAACAAAACCAAACCACAUAACAACAAAAAAAAACACCCUUUUCCCCUUUUUCACUGGAAGAACGAAAUUGGUUUUCGCGUGGAGUGUCACUCGGAAUUCGGAGGAUAGAGGGUUUAAUUGACAACAGUCGCGUUACGCUUACGUAACGUCCAAGUUGAAACAUAGAUCGAUCUUCCCCCGUCCAUUCUUAAAUUUUUGCAUUUUGGGAAAUGCAACCUGCUUACGCAGCGUAUUUGGGCUAGCUUAGUGGCGGUCGAUUAAUUAAGAAUCCCUCGACUAAAAAGAUGAAAAGAGACAUCUUAAUAAUCAAAUAUAAUAUCAACACUGCACUUAGCGGAUGGAUUCAGGCCAAAAACUGGUUCAGUCAUCCAUCUCUUUAAUUUUACCCCUAUGGUUCAAUUGCCCCACUCUAUUUCCCUAUGAAUGCCCAAUAGACAUACUAUAGCAAUAGCCAAUUUGUUUCCCUGAGCUUCGAUUGAGUCUGGCCGUAAAUCGGCAUUAGUGUUUCAGAAUAAUUUAUAUCUUUUAGCUCGGCAGUCACAUGUAAGAAUCCCCGUCCUGGAUUCUUACAGCCGGUAAUGCAAAUGUUCUCUGGGGCGUGUUAUUAAUAGAAUUCGUUCGUUGCAUAUUAUUGCUUUUUCAUAUUACUGUGCUUUUUUAACUCAUGAGACGUUCCCUUGAACAAAAAAGUUCAUUUGUUUUACCGGCUUAGUUGAAAAUAUAGUUAAGCUCGAUUUUCAAAUUUUGAUUUAGCCGUUCCAAAUAUACUCAUGAAUUAACAAAUUACGCCGUCCGGGAACUGCCACUGCAAUAGAGUUAAAACAAACUGAAACGGAACACUCAAAGUAUAAGGCUGAAACGUAAUGGUGCAUUUACAUGUAGCUACAUGUCGAUGGCAACUUCGCGGCUCAUCUGUUUUUUCUGGCUGUUAACGUUCUGAUCGCAAGUUCGCUGGUGUUAUCUAACUCGGACUGCUGUGCGAGCGCUUUUGAAAGUCGGACUGGUAAGUUAACACUUGCAGCUUUAUAAAACGUUUUUCGAGACCUUUUUCAAUACCUUUAUUUUACUAGUUUUAGUCUAAAGAAGAGUUUUUUUAUUACAUCUUUUACUUCUAAGAUACUGAACUCGCACAAAAAAGCACUUUGAAAGCAUUUCCAUUAUUCCGCCGACUUGUCUCAUGUUAAAAUCAUUUAUAACUGUUUUCACUUUAUUUUUACUUCUGACGAACGUCGAAUGUAUUUAAUUAGCAAGAAAGAAUAUAUUUUAUAAUAAAAUGUACAGUUAAAUUCAAUAAAAAACUGUAUGUCCCUGGUUCAUAUUUAACCCUACUGAUUGUUUCAUAUUCCUUCGUUUUUCAUUACUUUAUCUUUCAGACCAUAUUUUAGUUGAUCAUGUCAUGAAUACGUCUACUGUUGUUGACGAGUUUGAAUGUCUCCAAGAAUGCCACAGAAAUAACAGCUGCAAGUCAUUUAAUGUUCAUCCUGGUGCAAAUAUUGCAAAACGACUUUGUGAGCUGAACAACAAAACAUGGAAGAUGACGCCGGAAAGCUUCAAAAAGAUGAACGGAUCCUCUUAUUAUGGACCUGUUAAGGUCAGUUCUAAUGAUUGAACAUCAACCAUGGCUUUUCACUUAACAAAUAAAGAAGCCUUACGGUGUUUCGAUGCAGUUUUCCUGAGGCCAUAUCGAUAUUUUUCAAUCCCCUUAAAAGAGGGCUUUUCCUUGUCGGAUCGCUAUAAAAUUUUCACCAGUAAUUGGCUAUGGAUUGAAAUUUGUCGAGAUGUAGUUUCAAGGAAAAUCGAUAUUACUAUGACAAAAAUAAACAAAAAACUACAAUUGAUAAGAGCCGAAUUUUGUGCGAUCUUAUAUAAUUAACCAGCUACUGAAAAUCCAACACUAGGAACUUAAAGUUUGGUGUUUAGCAAACAAUCUCCGUGAGAAGUGAAAAAUUCUGUAUGUUUGAAUUCGACUAAAACGAAAAUAUAUUUCAAACCUUAAGUUUUCAAUAGCCGUGGUAGAUUAUCUACUAGUACAUUUAUAGUUUGAAUUUAACUAAUCUUUGAAUGUAUUGAACUGAAUUGAAUAUUGAAUUGAAUAAUAUAUUUUUUUAUGUCGAAGACGUAGGAAGUGUUUGCAAAAUCUUCCUAGCCAGGGCUCGGUUGCAUAAAACUCCUGUAACAACUACGGGUACGCGUGCGUGCACUCGUAACUUAAGCCAGUUGCAUUAAAUUACUUAAGUGGUCCACUUAGGGAAUUCACUUAAGUGGUUGCACUUACGAUUUUUGUAAGUGUUCACUUAAGUGUCGUUUAUGCAACAGAAAUUGCAGGUGUUGCAUAAAACCAUUUUUACGGGAAAAAUAGCACGUAAAUUUACGGGACCUAUGUAGGUCAGGUAUCGUCACUGUUUUUGCUAAACUUAACGAGAUCUUUUACUGAGAAGUGGAAAAAAGUAUUUUUCUUCACGUAAUUCGUUCUAAUGCGCUUUGUUAACCUUUGAUGUACACUUAAAGACCGACUUUGUGAAAAAAGAACAAGAACUAUCAUUUUCAGUAGAUAUUGAAGAAAAAUAACGUUCGCAUGCAAAUUUCAUUUUUUGAGAGGCUUAAAAGUGUUCGAAACGACUUAAAACUUUCUUUACCCUCACCGAUGGUUAGCUUAAGAAAAAAGUGAGUCAUCAAUGAAGUACUAUAUCAAAGUUACGUGUGCCUUUAAGUGAGCCUGUAAGUUACCACGUAACGCAGUAACUUACGAGAGUGCUAAGUGCGUUCCAUGCAACACACGUAAGUGUACCCAUAAGGGAUUCGUAAGUGACCUACUUAAGUGGGCACUUAAGUGUAAGUUUAAUGCAACCGGGCCCAGAGGCUCAUGUUAAAAACGCCCGACAAACUAAAAAUACAAAACAAUAUAAAAUGUGUAUUAGGCAUAUACAAACAUAAAAAACCUAACUAUUAAGUAAUCGUAAUUUUGGGAAUUUUUUUAAGAAACUAUUUUUAUGUAAAACAUUGACAAUACUCACACUGAAACGUACUAGUCAUAGAGAUAUGUAUGGUCCGCAUUAAUUUGGAAAAAUUAGCAUUACGUCAAAACAGUGAAUUGUAGUGCGGAUUUUUGACAGGUUCGUAGGAUAGGUUCGUGUUGAAAUUUCAAGGUGUUGCAGUGAGUCAAUCUUAAUGAAAGUUUCAUACAUUAUUAUAUACAUUAUGAAGAUUCUGUGAAGAGAUUUGGAAAAAAAUUCAUUCGAGUCGUUUCAAAGAUAUAUGUUGUAGUUAAUUUUUCGUUUCAGGUAAUUUUUAUUUUUUCCUUUGUUUAAACUUCAUUAGCAUACAUUACCAUACCCAAAAACAAAAGGAAAACAAAAACUACCUGAGAUAAAAAAUUAACUACAACAUAUACAAAAACCGCUAAAAGUCCAAAUUUUGAAUGACCGGAAGUUGCACCUAGUUAGGUGGUAAGAAAACGGGUUAGUUUUCAAGAUCGCGAGAAAGAAAAUACACCAAAAUUUCCUACCACCGAAAUUUGACAUUAAGCAGCAUUCUGACGAUACGUAAGAAUAAUUUGAGUCAUUUAUAACGUUUUUAUUAAAUAAUCUAUUACGGCUACUGAAAUUUAAGGUUUGAAAUAUAUUUUCGUUUUAGUCGAAUUAAAACAUACAGAAGUUUUUACUCCUUACAGAGGUUAUUUAUUGUUAAACACCAAACUUUAAGUUCCUAGUGUUGGAUUUUCAUUAGCUGGUCUAGAUCGGGCAAAAUUCGGCUUUUAUCAAUUUCAAAGGUUUUUAGUUUAUUGUUGUCACAGUAAUAUCGAAUUUACUAAAACCUACAUUUUGACAAAUUUCAAUCUAUGAUCAAUAACUGGUGAAAAUGUUAGAGCGAUCACACAAGGAUAAAAUCACUUUUAAAGUGAUUGAAAAUAUCGGCAUGGCCUCUGAAAACUGUAUCGAAACACCUUAACUGUGCCCUGUUCUUUUUUAAAGUACGCAGUAAAAGACUAGAGCACGAAAGUAGUGUAGAGGGAAACAGGAGACGUAGUCGAGUGUUGCUCCCUACUUCUUGAGUGCUUUAGCCGCUUCCUAAGCACUUUACAAAAGAACAGAGCACAGUCAAGGCUUCUUCUUUAUUUGUUCUAUGAUAAAGAAUCCGUUAAAUUUCCCACGCAUUCUAAUUUCCAAAACAAACUUAUUUUUCAAAGCGAAAGAAAGUGUCGUCAUCGUGCUCUACACUGGCUUUUUUUUUUUUUUUGACUGUACAUGUACUUUUUACGUCCAAAACCAAAAAUCAGUUUCAGUCUAAAGGUAAAAAGUGCUUUUAAAUUCGGCCAAAUCGGCGGCCCAUAAAAACCUGGACGUCAUUAACAUGACAAUUUGAAAACAACUGCUUUAGCUUCGGAUCGAAAAAAAUGAAUCUGAAAAGAAGAUAAGAUCCGCCGACCACUUCGCAGAGGUGAUCUUGUAGUCUCGCGAUGGCUCCAAACUAUCUUAGUUCAAAAUUUGAAAGGCGAGAAGUCGCAUAUAACCUAAGGGACUCAAUGUUCCAUUACCGCGCACAAACUAUUACAAAAACAGCUUCAGCUAUAGUGGCGCCAUUCUCUGGAACAGUCUUCCUUGUAACUUAAGGGAAGCAGAGUCCCUUGGGCAAUUUAAACGAUUACUCAAAGAACUGUAAGGCACGGUAUUCGUGGAAAGCAGCUUUUUUAUUUAAAUAUUUUUAUUAUAUUAGUAUUAGGCAUUUUUAAAGCUGACGAAUUUUGUACCGCGGAUAAAUAAAGAUUAUCUAUCUAUCUACAAGUUAACUUGGGUUUAGCACUUAAGACGGCAGUUAGCUCCGUGUUUUAUACUCUCCUAAACCAUCCUUUUUCAACUAAUCAGAGUGCGCGUUAUAGCUGAGCUUUAUUAUAAAAAAAACCUCUAGAAAAACCUUAACCAAAAACAACUUAAGAACUUGUUGUUUACGACGGUCACCCUGUUCGGUUUUAUCGUAUUUCAAAACAGUAACAGACAAAUAUUUAAGUUCUUAAACUUCCGGCUUAAAAUCUCUGAUUUUCGAGGCGUCGUUAUGAAGUUACUGAUAUUAUAAGAAUUUAAGUAGUCAUGUUUUCAGAACUCUGAUAUCGUAAUUAUAAAAUAACUAAGAUAGUACGCGCGCUCUGAUUGGCCGAGAGGAGUGUUUGCAUGAGAGUAUGUAAACAUGGUUGUGGCGUCUAGUUGUUUGGCUUUUCGCGCGCUAAUCACGCAAGCACGAAUUUGAAAAAGUUUUCGAGCUUAAAACUCGACAAGUUUACUUUAUUUACCCAUUCCUUUGUCGACUGAAAAUUGAAAAUCGUUACAAAGAAGGUGUGUCAAUUUUUCUUCGCUUAAGCUGAAAUUUUAAGCGAGAAAAAUCCGUAUUUUGCAAAGCAUCUUUUUGCAAAACAAGGGCUGAUUACGCGUGCAAGACUUCGUGGACAAGAUUUUGCGCCUGGUAAGAAUUUCUCGACAGUUAUGCAAACCCGAGACGAAGUCGAGGGUUUGCAUAACUGUUUCGAAUUCUCACAACCCCUCUCGUGUUUAUAUCAGGCUAUGCAAACGCGGAAAACGUUUUCUAUUGCUUAAAUAGUACUUUUGAUAACAUUUUCUUUUCAAUAAUAUGAUUUGUCGUACCGGUUUGCCUGUGGCUUGAAGCAGCUCAAAGUAUAUGCUUGUUAUUACUCAUACGGUAAAUAUCGUUUAUGGAAGGAAAUAGAGAAAAGGUGUAUAUAUAUAUAUAUAUAUCAACAUAUUUACUAAUAUUGCAAACAAAACUGAUGAAAACUAAAGCAUAUAAUGGCGUCAUCCAUAGUUUUCAGAUAUUAUUUGAUGUCUCUAAAUUCAAUUCGGUUUUCAAAUUAAUUUCUCAGGUUUCCUGCCGCGAUUUGCCCUCCAACAGGAAGAAACAACCUGCUCAUUGUCAUCCGGACUACAAAGGAAAAAGAUGCGAAAUUCGUGAGUAACGCUGGUCUAUUUAAUUUGAAGUUACAAUCGCUUCACGGCGGAGUGAAUAUUUACCAUAUAUAGUCAUUUUUUUUAUUAUUUGCUGCAGCAAGGUGGGGUUGGAAUUCCAAGCUACCUGCUCAUUCCUGUAAGAUCAUCCGGGACUCUGGUGACUCUAAAGGAGAAGGGAGGUACUGGAUUGACCCUGAGAACAGUGGAAACCCGUUGAACGUUUAUUGCGACAUGACAAUUGACGGAGGUGAGAUCUGUUCUUGAAAGUCUGAAAUUGUUGUAACACAUUCUUCAGAUGAACCCACGUAACUUCCUCAUACAGAAUUUGCAAUUUAGGCUAAGUACAUUCUUAAUUUGCUUCUUUAUUUUUAUGAAGGAGAUAAUAGAUUGUUGAUUACCAGAAAAGUAAAUUAACUUGGGUUUAGUCCUCAAGACUGCAGUUUUUAGUCACAAUUUAAUUUUUUAAUCCUAACAAAACUGAUUACAGAAUUUAUAUACAGUUUAGUACUACAGUAUCUUCUUUUUUAAAUUAUAAACAACAAUUCUAUUCAAAUUAAAAAUAUGUACAUAGUUUACAAAAUAUUUAAUGAAGGAUUAAGCACUAAACAACAUGAAAAAUUAUAUAAAUUCUAAAAAUACAAUCACUGUGUCAAUAACGAUUUCCCAAAUACACUCCUUGCGGCACAGAUGCGAUCAAUAACUCUUGCAGGUAGUCCAGCGUUUUAAAUUAAGUCAUGACUAAGGAAAAUUAUCUGUCUCUGAUAUUAAAAAAAGAAACGAGUUAAAAAGAAUAAAAUCUCGUAUUCCUAAAUUCCUAAUUCUUUAAAAAGUUCCUUCUUGUUAUACUUUUUAAAUUGUUUAUCAUAAUCCAACUGUAACCGACAUAUUAGAACCUGCUUGAUCUUGCUUGGCUAAACAGGUUCUUGUGUUUUGGGGUAUUAAAGAGGCAAAUUUCUGCCAGAAGGUUCUCAAUCCAUCAGGUUCUUAUUCGCUGGUGUUUACUGUAUAUGUUUCCUUGAAAUUUCCCGGUGAAUAAUUCGUGCAACAUUAUUGGUACUAUUCUCUUACUGCACUCGCAAUUGAGAUGAUUUCGUGUCUCAUCGUUUUCUCCACACAAUCUGCAGAGCGGAGACACCUCCUGUUUUUCAAAGGAUGCCUUGCUUGCAUUCGUUCUCAGUGCCUGAUGUUGUGAAGUAGCCUGCGAGCAAGCUCUCCUAUUUGGGCGAACGAAGCGAGCCUCGCUAGAACGUCGUGCGAGCGAGGGGCCGAGGAAAGGAGAGCUUGCAACGAUCUCUCAUAAAUUUUCAUUUGCACCCCGGAAACCCCGGGACUCCGCAAAGCGUGAAAACGGUCACCGCAAACGCACCGCUGAUUAGAAAUGUGACAAUCGCCUGUCAAGUUUAGACAGCCGAGGGCGCGUAGAAUUAUUUAUUUAUUUUAUAAAUUGCUUUUGCAACAGCAUCAAAGCAAUGUUUUUAAUCAAUGAUAUGCUAUUUUUCCACGGGGACAUCGAACUUCAACGUGUCCGCUGGGAUGAGAACUCAAUACUUUGGUUCUCGUUUAGUUUACUUUUGAAACGUCGUCCAAACUGCAGUGUAAAAGACUACUCCUCGUCGCAAUCACCAACAAAAACAUAAUAUAUUUGUCCGUUCCGGAACUGGAGAAUAGCGUUUUCCUGGACUUGCUUCUCUUAAGUUGUACUCCAGUUGCUUCCAUCUCUUUCUCUUGACCUUCUUUACGGUCAAACUACACGAGUGUCAAGUACAUGUUUCUGAAUUUUUCUACCCAGUGGAAUUCAAUUGGGCGAAGAAACAGACGUUGGAAGGUAGCGCUUAAACAAGGCGCUUGAGUUUCUCUUCACUUUCAUUCUCGUUUUCAGAACUAAACAAGGCGCUUGACACAAACGAAUACAACUGAUGAAGGGUUUUCAUUUUCCUUCCACAAGAACUAUAAACUCGGUCCAACUUAUCCUCGGCUCGCAAUAUUCUCUUAGCGAGAACUAAUUCAAACGAGCUCCCUCGUCUGCUUUGAGGGCUGAAACAAGUUCUCGGUACCAAUCUGAUCCCCCUGAGAACCAAACUUGUCACACAGACGAAGGGGCUUGCUAGCUUGGCCUGUUAUCAAUCAACUUUGUUUUCCGGAACGUCAUUUUUCAGCCAAUUGUAUUUCCCUUCGUCUGGGCGAAGUACAAAUGAAAUUUUAUGAGAGAUCGUUGCAAGCUCUCCUUUCCGCUGCCCCUCGCGGCUUCGCCGCUCGCUCGUGCAUUCUCGCGAGACACGCUUCGCUCGCCCAAAUGGGAGAGCUUGCUCGCAGGCAGUGAGGCAGUUAUAAGACCUUCAGUCUCAGUCUUUUUCAAAUCGCCCUUCUUCAGCCAAUCGUAUGACCUCUCACCUCUGACUUGUCCUGUUUAAUUGACGCAAUAUCUGGCCCUGAAGGGGCUUGGUCUUCCACUUCUCAAUCUUCUCUAAAGUCUCCUUCUUCUCUUUGUCUGUUUGUGGUCUUCCUCAAUUUCUUUCUUCAAUACCUCUUCACGUUCUACCUUUUUUUGCAGUGGUUCCGUGCUGUUUAGAAUGUAAUAGGCCAACCCCAUUUCUUCGUCGCGAACACCCUCCUCCAGGCCAAUCAAUUUACGGCCCCCAGAAGUUCUUCGAAAGUAGGUUCGGUCAAAAUCAAGCCGUGGAUGCAGCAUUCUAUAAACAGUUAUCUGUUUUUUGUUUCUAUUCUAUCCAAGGUUUCUAGUUCAGCUUUACUUUAGUUUACUUCUCCAGCUCCAUGCCUCACCAGUGACAGAGCCCAUGAAUUUGUUGCAAGUAUCGUAUUUUUCCCACUGACAUUGGACUGUCUUUAGUCUCCGGAAAUAUUCUUCCUUCAAAUCUUUUUUCUUGUGCCCUUGUAAUAGAUCGUCAUAUUCCAGAAUUUCCAGGUUCUUAUAACCAUCUUCUUCCACUGAUUUCAUUUUGCAAUUAUCAGGCAAGGUAAUCCCCACACUUUUCUUAACAUUUCCCCUCUUUAAGAUGAGAACGCCACGCCUCUUCAUACCAAACUCCAUACCUAUAUCAGUACUGAACACCAGAACUGUAUUGAAAAAUGAGUCAAGCUCACAUUCAUCCUUCCCGUACAGCUUCAAGUCAUCCAUAAACAGUAACUGAAUGGUUCAGUGGCUUCCCCACUCCCCCUAACUGGUACCUUGCUUAGGAUUUUAGAAUAAUUAUAAUAAUAAUAAUAAUAAUAAUAAUAACAAUAAUAAUAAUAAUAAUUAUUAUUAUUAUUAUUAUUAUUAUUAUUAUUAUUAUUAUUAUUAUUAUUAUUAUUAUUAUUAUUGCUGUUGCAAGUGUUACCGGUAAAAGUAAAUUAUAAUUAUUUUACACUAUAUAAAGCUUCGAGUUUAAACCUUAAAAUAAUUUGAUCAAAAAGGGUUAGCCUUUUCGUCUUUCUUCGGUGCCGCAAAUUUAUACGACGAAGUCACCGUUCAUGGGUUUCCGUUAUAGUGAGAAGUGAUGCCAUUUGCUUUUAUUGAAAUGAGUGGAUGAAAAUUCAUUGCUCUUUUUGAUUUACAAAUCAUGUCAAAGGGAAAGUAAAAUCAGCCAUUACAGCUGAUUCUUAAGUUGUGGCACAAGCCGAUUAAUAAAAUGGAUUUACAAAGAGAUAGGAAUUGCUCUCACUGAAAAGAAAAAAACAACUCAAUAACAGCCUGCAAACCACUCAGCUGAAAACAUGUUAGGCCCCUUUCAAACAUGGAAUUUCUUAUGAAUGCCGAACACCUAUUUUAGUCGAUGAAAAUAAUGAAAUAAACGGCAGUUGAUUCAGACGUCGUAUAUAAUGGUGACGAAUUUAACUCAGUUUGUUGUAAAUAUUCCCAGUCACUAAAAAAAAAUUGUCAUCCAAUAUGGAUAAGGGUUCCUAUAAUUAAUGCAUUAUAUUCGUCGCACGUGAAAUGCGACUUCUAAAUCAAAAUAAUGAUCCCCAUUGUCGACUGUAAGUGAUCCAGUGAAAAGUAGUGGAAUGGAAUAUAUUGUAGGCAUGGAUGGUGAAAGUGCUGAGAAUUUGCACAUCGCGUAGAACAAUCAAUGAACAAUACUGUUUCUUCUGGCAUUUUAUUCUUCUUUCGUUAUUCAAGCAUUUGAUGUUUCGUUGCUGUGAACAUAUAGGACAGGAAGGACGUUAGGAAAGAAAUUUUUCUUUCAUUUUAACGCCUAGGAAUAGGUAAAUAUGACCCCGGAAUAUGACCCCUGUAUUUAUCACUUUAUAGAGGUUUUUGGUUUAUUUCGAAAUACAUUAAGCAACUACAACUCGUGAAAAUGUUGCGUCUAGUGCUAAGGACCCUGUCGGCGCAAACCUGUAUAUUCAUUUUCCGUGUCUUGGCUGCUGGAGACACAGACAGUUACAAAAAUACAAAAUUAGGGAAAGAGAAACGAAGGAACGAUUAAGUGGAAAAUUUUGUACCUAUAAGCAAAGAAUUAUCCUGAUGGGGUUCAGUGUACUAGAGCGAGCUUUUAUCUGGGGUCGUUUUCAGAGAUUUUCGCCGUUACAAAAGUUAUCAUUUUCUAAAGUUGAUACGAAGUUUCCGAAAGAUCGGAUUUGAGCAAUUUCUUCUUACCCUGUAUUACAUCUAAUUGAACUACAGUAUGUGAAAUUUAGUUCAGUUAAGUUUUAAUGUUUUAAAACCAGCAAUUAAGCAAGAGCUAUUGUUUUACUGGUUGCAUUUAAAAUCUUUUUUUGUUUGCAUUUAUUUGUGUUUUGUUUCCGUUUUCUUUGUUUUUCAGUCUUGGCAUUUAUUUGUUAAAUUAAUUCAGUUGAAUUAAAAUGUUUUGUUGCGAUAAUAAACGUGACACGAUGAACCAGUAACUUUGUUAAGUCCUGACCAUUCCAGGAUUUUCCUCUCAGGAUCAUUUGUGGUCGACGAUGGGGAUCAUUUGCGGUCCAUUUUGGGGAUCAUUUUCGGUCUGAGGACCAUUUACGGUGGCGCGGGGAUCAGUUGCCGUACUGUACAGUUCACCUGAGUUAUAUUGUAAAACAUUGAUAAGGCUCACAGUGGGUAGCCUCCCAAGUUUUUAGGGGUUCGUCACUCGUUCCUGCCCGUGGGAGGCUACACCGUGGUUUUCCGCCGUGUGAAUUAUUUUGAACUAAACAUUACUGUUUGUUUUGGCCCACAUGACUGAUAAACCAAUGAUAAACAUUUAUCGAAUUUCAGGGGGAUGGCUUCUUGUAUCCAACGUUGUUUCGCACGGUUCAUUUUCCACUCAGUUGCCAGUUAAGACAUCGUACCGCGGAGUAAGCAGCAAAGAGAUGGUACUCACAAAAAGCGCCAUGAAGGAGCUGAGAAAUCACUUGCAUUUCACUCGGAUAAGAUUCACCUGCAAAAAAAGAGGAGGUCGUACAUUUCACAUCACCACGGCUGCUAACUGCUAACUUUUUUUUUUUUUUUUUUUUUUUUUUUUUUUUUUUUUUUUUUUUUUUUUUUUUUUUUUUUUUUUUUUGUAAUUUUACCGGGUGAUUUUACUGGUUUUAAUUUAGUUAUUGAUAAUAUUGUAAUGCGCUUUUGAGUAUUUUUAUAGAAAAAGCGCAAUAUAAGUAUUGAAUAUUAUUAUUAUUAUUAUUAUUAUUAUAACAGUACAGGUGAAGCUGUUGUGA